AGAAGAAGUCAUCCCCUAUUCUGUUAAAUCCCAUCUCAGCCUCUUCCAAGUUCCAAGUUCCAGCUCUCACUCUCUCUGAGACAGACCUGCUGAAAAUUGAGGCUCUACUGCUUCCCAAGCGAAAAAAACCAACUGGAUUUGCGUUUUCUCGAAAAACAGGCUCAUAUGCAUAGUUCAAGAACAAGAUGAACAGUGGAAGGGAUUGCUUGCAGAAUGAAAAUGUGCUGUACCUGGUUAAAGAAAAAGAGGAAAAGAAAACAGAAUAGAGACAGCACACACAAAUGUUUGUGACAAUACGGAACAAUCUACAAAUCCAAAUUUGUGAAAGGAUUUAUCUUCCCAACAUGUUUGGAUCUUGGGGUGAAGUUGCUUGAUUGAAGAAGAAGAGGACAAUGAUAAUUGUCAGUACCAGUAAUUCAUAUUGUUUCUCCUCAUUAGGAAUAAGUCUGGUUAAGAAAACUGAGGCGGAGCCGUUGUGCGGUCCGAGGCUCUCAAAUUGCAGGUUUUUGUUCCUGCAAAAGGCAACAAGGUCUACUAUCCUCACUGCAAAGGCAACAAAGAUUCCCCAUGUCAAAUGCUCCCUCAAUCAUGGUGGAGAACUGCUAACUAGUUCCAAAGCUCUUGAGAAGAAAAUAAUAAAGGUUGGAAAGAGAGAGCAUCACUUGUGGAAGAAAAAAGAUUCAGCUGGGUCUGGGCAGAAGGCACUCAGUCUUGUUAGAAUCGUUUCUGGACUUCCUAAUGAAAAAGAAGCUGUUUAUGGAGCAUUAGAUAAAUGGAUUGCUUGGGAGACAGAAUUCCCUUUGGUUGCAGCAGCUAAGGCUUUAAGAAUCUUAAGGAAGAGGAGGCAAUGGAAGCUUGUAAUUCAAGUGGCCAAGUGGAUGCUGAGCAAAGGUCAAGGAGCAACAAUGGGAACAUAUGACACCCUUCUGCUAGCGUUUGACAUGGAUCAGAGAGUAGAUGAGGCUGAAUCGUUGUGGAACAUGAUUUUGCACAUACAUACACGCUCUAUCUCGAAGUGGUUGUUUUCUAGGAUGAUCUCUUUGUAUGAUCAUCAUAGCAUGCAAGAUAAGAUAAUAGAGGUUUUUGCAGACAUGGAGGAGUUGGGUGUAAAACCAGAUCAAGAUACCGUCAGGAGAGUGGCACGUGCCUUUCAGAAACUAGGUCAAGAAGAGAAGCAGAAGCUUGUUCUUAAAAGAUACAAGUCUAAGUGGAAAUAUAUCCACUUCAAAGGUGAACGGGUGAGAGUGAGAACAGAUGUGUGGGAUGAAGAUAAUGCUUGAACCCGGAUGACUGCUCACAGUAGUCUUAUAUUUUCUAAUUUCCUAGAGUUACUAGAUUUGUUUCUUGUUAUUCUCCCUAGCUGGUUGUAUCUUAUGUAUAUUCUCUAUACUUCUUCCAGUUGGUUGUCUCUUAUGUAUAUUCUGUAUACUUGGGUGGCACCCGCUGCAUUUUCUAAUAAAGAUUUAAUUACUUCAAAAAAAAAGAAAAACUAGAGAAGAUUAUAA